CCCAAAACACCACUCCGCAUAUUUUAAGUGAAACCUCCGCCACUCUCUCUAUCCCUCAACCCAGUAGCUCAGACUACCACCGCCGCCGUCGCGAAAUGGCCAAGCGUCUCCUACCAACUCUCAACCGUGUUCUGAUCGAGAAAAUCGUCCCACCCUCCAAAACCACAGCCGGCAUUCUCUUGCCGGAGUCAUCUGCCAAGCUGAACUCCGGGAAGGUGGUUGCUGUCGGGCCAGGAACGAAGGAUAAGGCUGGAAAUGCGAUCCCAGUGGCUGUGAAGGAAGGUGACACUGUUCUAUUGGCGGAGUACGGUGGCACCCAAGUGAAGCUUGGUGACAAAGAGUUCCAUUUGUACCGGGAUGAGGACAUUUUGGGCACUCUCCAUGACUGAGUUAUAUGGUAUCAUGUUUUGGAGGAUUGGAUGUAACUGAUAAGUAGUAAAUUGGAAUUUCUGAUGGAAAUUUUAGUUUGCUUUAAACGAGAUUUGGAUGAGCUAUUCGCAGACUAUUUUGUAUGAUCUCGUUGUGAGAUGUCGAACUUGUUAUUGGCUCCAAAUUUACUGCAUUCGCCUUGACUCAGUUUUGUUCA